AUGAGACCCAAUACAUUCCUCCUUUUAGCAUGGGCUCUCCCUCUGGCCCUGGCGGUCCCAGCACCACUUCCUGUUGAGGAUCGUUCUGCCUUGGAACAACAAAACGCUUAUCUGGAACAUCUGGAACAACGCGCUCCUAAUGAGGAGGGAGCUACUAUAGAAGAGCGGGCUCUUCUCGAAGAACGAUGCGGUGGUGGCGGAUGUGGUGGCUGCACAGGUAGCGGGUGCGGUGGUGUCCAAGUCGCCGCCGUUCCAGAAGUUAUUCAGAGCAGUCCGUGCACCACGUGUGGGGAGGUUGUCGUUCCUGGACCACCAGGACCACCAGGACCACCAGGACCUCCUGGAAUGCCUGGCGGUCCCGGUCCAGUAGGUCCUCCGGGCGGUCCCGGUCCAGUAGGUCCUCCUGGCCUUCCUGGCGGUCCCGGUCCCGUCGGUCCUCCCGGUCUCCCUGGCGGUCCCGGUCCGGUCGGUCCUCCUGGUCUACCUGGUGCUCCUGGUCCUGUUGGUCCUCCCGGCGGUCCUGGCAUCCCUGGACCCCCUGGGCCAGUGGGCGCUCCCGGGGUGGGCGUCGUCGGACCCCCGGGACCCCCGGGACCUAUUGGACCAACCGCUAUCCCUUACCUCAGCUAUGGACUUGGGUAUCCUGGAGGAUAUGGAUAUGGCGGAUUUGGCGUCCGGGGAAUCGGGUACCCUGGAUAUGGCUAUGGUGGUUAUGGAGGAUAUGGGUUUGGAGUGCGUGGCAUUGGGGGAUAUGGAGGAUAUGGCGGUUAUGGAGGAUACGGAGGGUAUGGAGGAUAUGGCGGGGGUUUUGGCGCCCGUGGAUUUGGAGGUCGUCCGUGA